AUGGCUACCCUUACUGUCGCUGCCAAGGCUCCAUUUAUAGCCUACUCCGCUAUCAUUGCUGCGGAGAUCGUGAACUCUGACUCCGACAAAGCUGUCACUGUCGAAUUUGUUGACGACAAGAACGUCGAGAAAGAUGCCACUGUCAAGUACACUGACGGUGGAAACUUCGUCACUGGUGAUGUUGAGGUCCUUUCCCAAUUAACCUCUGCUGCCCCCACCUUGGUCAACCCUGAAGGCGCCAGUACUUGGGUUAGCUUUGCUUUUGAGAAAUUGGCCAACAAGAACUUCAAGGCUUUGGCUACCGACUUGGAGAAGUUGGAUGCUCACUUGAACUUCAGAUCCUUCAUUGUGGGCCACUCCCUUUCUAAUGCCGAUGUGGCCAUCUGGGGUGUCUUGAGAGCCAACGCUGUCAUGGGCUCCGUGCUCAAGAACGAGGUCUACGCCAAUGUCUCUAGAUGGUACAACUUCAUCGGAUCCGACUCCAGAUUCGACUCUGUGGCUGAGAAGACUACCAAGUCUGUCAAUGAGUUGAGAAAGGCCGUGAAGGCCGCUUCUGGUGCCAAGAAAGAGUCACACAAGGCUAACUUCGAGAUUGACUUGCCUAACGCCAAGAUCGGUGAGGUUGUGACCCGUUUCCCACCAGAGCCCUCUGGAUACUUGCACAUCGGACACGCCAAGGCUGCCAUCUUGAACGAGUACUUUGCUCACGCCUACAAGGGUAAGUUGAUUAUCAGAUUCGAUGAUACCAAUCCUACCAAGGAGAGAGUUGAGUUCCAGGACUCCAUCAUUGAGGACUUGGCUUUGCUCGGUAUCAAGGGUGACCAAAUUACCUACUCUUCCGACUACUUCGACAAGAUGUACGAGCUUGCGCUCACCUUGAUCAAGGAAGGCAAGGCUUACUGUGAUGACACUCCACAGGAGAAGAUGAGAGAGGAGAGAAUGGUUGGCGAUGCCUCCGCUAGAAGAGAGAGAACUGUCGAGGAGAACUUGAAGAUCUUCACCGAGGAAAUGAAGAACGGUACCGAGGAGGGCUUGAAGAACUGUUUGAGAGCAAAGAUCGACUACAAGGCCUUGAACAAGGCUUUGAGAGACCCUGUCAUCUACAGAUGUAACUUGACCCCGCACCACAGAACAGGCUCUCAGUGGAAGAUCUACCCAACAUACGACUUCUGCGUGCCUAUUGUUGACUCCAUUGAGGGUGUUACCCACGCUUUGAGAACCAACGAAUACAGAGACAGAAACCCACAAUACGAGUGGUUCUUGAAGGCUUUGAACUUGCGUCACGUCGACAUUUGGGAUUUCGGUAGAGUGAACUUCAUCAGAACUCUUUUGUCGAAGAGAAAGUUGCAAUGGUUUGUUGACAAGGGCUUUGUCGGUAACUGGGACGACCCAAGAUUCCCAACUAUUAGAGGUGUGAGAAGAAGAGGUAUGACCGUCGAGGGAUUGAGAAACUUUAUUCUCUCCCAGGGUCCUUCCAAGAACAUCAUCAACAUGGAGUGGUCUACUAUUUGGGCCAUGAACAAGAAAAUCAUCGACCCAGUUGUCCCAAGACACACUGCUGUGGAUGCUAAGAAUGCAGUCAAGGUGCAGCUUUCCAACGGUCCUGCUGAACCUUACACUGAAGACAAACCCAAGCACAAGAAAAACGCCGACAUUGGCUUGAAGAAGGUCAUUUUCUCCAAGAAUUUGUUGGUGGACCAGGCUGAUGCUGCUACCUUCGCUGAGGGUGAGGAGGUCACCUUUAUGGACUGGGGUAAUGUGAUCAUCAAGAAGAUCAACAAGGAGGGCGAUGUCGUUUCUUCCAUUGACGCUGAGUUGCACUUGGAAGGUGACUUCCGUAAGACUGAGAAGAAGGUUACGUGGCUUGCUGAUACUGAUGACAAGAUCGAGGUUGAGAUCCACGACUUUGACCAUUUGAUCACUAAGGACAAGUUGGAGGAGAACGACAACUUCGAGGAUUUCAUCACUGAAAAGACCGAGUUUGUGUCUACGGUGUAUGCUGACGUGAACGUCAGAUCUCUUAAAAGAGACGACAUCAUCCAAUUUGAGAGAAAGGGUUUCUUCAAGGUUGAUGAGAGUCUUAAGGAAGGUAAGGUCGUGAUGUUCACCAUUCCUGACGGUAAGAAGAAAUAG